GUCCCGUCCAGGCGAGGCGGGGGGACAUCAGGGGUGAUCAGCACCCUCGGGGAGCCCUGCAUGGCUCUGGAAGCAGCCCCUCUCGCCCCCAGGUCAUCGAGAACUGCCCCGUGACCGGCAUCCGUGUGCGGACCGAUGACUUCGGGGUGCGGCGGGUCGCAGCCGUGGAGACAGAGCACGGCUCCAUCCAGACGCCCUGCGUGGUCAAUUGUGCAGGAGUGUGGGCCAGCGCUGUGGGCCGGAUGGCCGGAGUCAAGGUCCCGCUGGUGGCCAUGCACCAUGCCUACGUCGUCACCGAGCGCAUUGAGGGGAUCCAGGUACAUAGACUGUGGGAGGCGCAGGGACCUGGCUCUGAGCCCUAGCACUUGGCAGGGGGCUCGCCACCCUGAGCCUCAGCCACCUCAUCUGUGAAAUGGGCAUCAUAACCCCGGGUGUUUGCGGUGGGGUGACGGUUAAAUGAAGUAACACGGGUGUGACCCUGCUGGUGCUGACCCCCUUGACCCUCGGGGCACAGCUCCGCACUGACGCCCAUGGUUGUCCUGCCUGGUGCAGUCAGUCAGUGCUUUGCCAUGUUCUGUGCCCCAGGUACCUCUUCGGGGGACCCCCGUGUGUCUGCGUCCCCCAGAUAUGCCCCGGGUGCCAGUCCUGGCACGGAUUCCCCACCCUCAGGUCCUCCCCAAGGGAGACCCCUCCACCCCUCCAGCCCUCCGUCCUUCACCCCUUCAUCCCUCCCUCCCUCCCUUCACCCCUCCACCCCUCCCUC